AUGGCAGACGUCGGGGAGACAAGAUGUACCGUAAAAGAUGAGCCAGAAAUUAUUAUAAUUGGUGCUGGAAUUUCUGGUCUAGCCGCCGCAGACUAUUUAUCAAGAAAUGGUUUCUAUAAUUUUAAAAUCUUGGAAUCAUCAAGUCGAACAGGAGGUAGAAUUUGGAGUAUCAAUGUUGAAGGCUUGAAUGGGACCUGUAAGGCAGAAUUAGGAGCAAACUACAUACAUGGUAUAGAAAGGAACCCCAUAUUUCAACUUGCAGAAGAAAACAAUUUACUCGCCCUAUUAAAUAAAAAUAAAACGCUGAGUAAGCGAGUUGUGUUUGUGACUGAGGCAGGGGAACAAGUCCCCAGUAAAACAGUAAAAGAAGUAGACUGGUGCUAUGGCUUGCUAAUGCAACAAUGCGAGGCUUUCUUUCAGUGUGGUAUGCAGACACCUAUCGAGAAUGACAGUGUUGGUGGCUUUCUCGAUCGUGAGAUGGAACGACGAUUAGCCAAACAUGAUGGUGACGAUCAGUACAUACGUAGACUAAUAUUCAAACAGAGAUUGGCUGUUGAGGCUAUGAUUUCAGGUGCGGACAACAUGUAUGAGGUGUCCCUUGGAGAGUUGGGGAGCUAUGAGGAACUCCCUGGAGUACAUUAUGCAAUACCUCCAGGGUUUGAGGAAGUUUUAGAGGUUUUAAAGCGCUCCAUACCAAAAGAAAAUUUUUAUCUAAAUCAUGCAGUGAAAAACAUAGACUGGCAAAACGGAGUGCAGGGUAGCGAUGGAACACAUAAAAGUGUCUGUGUAGAAUGUCGGAAUGGAAAAAAAUUUUAUGCUGAUCAUGUAAUAUGCACUGUUCCUCUUGGCUAUUUGAAAAGUAAUUCACGAGAAUUAUUUCACCCAGUGUUGCCAGAGGAGAAAAUAGAGGCAAUACAAAGGUUAGAGUUUGGGACGGUUGACAAAAUCAUUUUAGAAUUUUCGGAAGCAAUUCCUUUGGAAAGUGAUAUGAGAAAGUUGGCUCUAUUAUGGGACAACAGCAGUAUUGAUGGACAAGAUCUGAGUUCAACAUGGUACAAACACAUAUUCUCAUUUGACGCUAUACAUGAAAACGUGCUACUUGGUUGGAUCAGUGGAAAGGCUGCCCAAUAUAUGGAAAGCCUGACAGAUGAUGAAGUGAUUGAUGCCUGCAUGAAAGUUCUAGAACAGUUCCUCAAGAAAGACCACAUUCCCAGACCAAGGAAGAUCGUCAGAACUAAAUGGCACAGCAAUGAACACACCAAGGGUUCCUACACAUUCAUCCCUGUGGGCGGCAAGGUACAGGACAUUGAGACACUAGCAGAGCCACUCACACCUCCAAAUGCAGAUAAGCCAGCCGUGCUGUUUGCCGGAGAAGCCUGCCACCCGUCGUUCUACUCUAGUACCCAUGGUGCAUUGCUGACGGGACAGCAGGAGGCGGAACGUCUGGUUAAACUCUAUACAGAGCAUCACUCUGAUCCUGAGCCUGACGAUGACUCCGAUGAUGGCGGCCUAGCCUUCUAGCAUAUAUCAGAAUCUUUAGAAACCUGUGUAUAUGAAAACCUGUCCAUCAAUAUACAGGGUGUCCAUAAAGUCUCUUUACAAUU